AUGCCUUCAAUCAGAAACACCCUCACCUUUUUGCUGGGCCAGGCGCUUCUUGCCACUGGUAGCCCAGUAGAUGUUGAGAAAGUUGAGAAGCGCCAAUGCCCAGGAAUUCACGUCUUUGGUGCUCGUGAGACUACAGUAGGGCCAGGAUACGGCUCAUCUGCUACUGUUGUAAACCUGGUGAUUUCGGCUCAUCCUGGAACCACAUCCGAAGCCAUCAACUACCCGGCUUGUGGCGGUCAGGCUUCUUGCGGCGGCAUCAGCUAUGCCAACUCUGUUGUUCAAGGUAUCAACGCCGUUGUCACAGCCGUGAACAACUUCCACAACUCUUGCCCAAAUACCAAGCUAGUCUUGGUCGGAUACUCGCAGGGUGGUCAAAUCUUUGACGACGCACUUUGCGGUGGAGGCGACCCUGCCGAGGGAUACGGUAACACUGCUGUUCCCUUGUCUUCGGGAGCUGUCUCUGCCAUCAAGGCCGCAAUCUUCAUGGGCGACCCACGAAACAUUCACGGACUGUCGUAUAACGUGGGAACCUGCACUACUCAAGGUUUCGAUCCCCGCCCGGCUGGCUUUAGCUGCCCCAGCGCAUCCAAGAUCAAGUCGUACUGUGAUGCCUCAGACCCAUACUGCUGCAACGGAAACAACCCUGCCACUCACCAAGGCUACGGCCAAGAGUACGGCCAGCAAGCACUCUCUUUUAUCAACAGCAAGCUCUCAUCAUAA